GACACGUUUCAGAUAUUUCACAUGAAGGACUUGGCGGCGGCUGCAGAGUUAAGAGCACAAUGUCCCCUGUAGAUUUUAAUCAGGGCUCGUAGACGGUGGAUGAUUGACAGUCGAGACGAGGCGUGGUGGUGGCCGUGAACAUGAUUGACAGCCACGAGAACUGUCCCAAUCACAUUAGAUAAAAAAAACAAACAUUAAAAACAAUACCUAGUUGGCUGCCAAUAAAAGCGGGAGUGUCCGGAACUGCGCCCCCUGGAAUCCCGAAGAAACCAGCUAGACAGCAGCCCCACAGGUCCCCUUACUCGCCACAAGUUCGAGGGCUUACACGCGGUACCCCUCACCCAGAAAGUAGACGUAUUCAGACAGAAAUCACCCAGAUACCAUUUGGAGGCAGUAUUUAAUGGCUGCUGACCGACAGGCGCUGAAAAACACUUUUGUGUCGUAAUCAUUUGCAUUACACAACUAAAUUAUACUCGACGUGUUUGAGCAGAUUUUCAUCUCUCGGUGUUUGAAGGGGGCGGCGCCCUGGCCCCCCGUGCUGGCCAGCCGGCCGCCCCUGAGACACAAUGUAUCCAUGUAAAGUAGCCGGUGCAACAAAUAAACGCAGCUUCCGCAUAGGACGCGUUGGAUCUAACGUAGCAAAUUUUACAAUGUCACUUCCACGAAUUUUGAAAUGACGUAAACACUUUUUUUUUUUUGGACAGUCUUUUUAAACGCCAUCGCCACAGACCGGAGGUGGAAAAAUGGAAGCGUGUUCGGAGGCUCCCGGGGGGGUCCCAGAGGAGCGGGUGGGAAGUCCCAGGAGAGGGUUAAAGGUGCAGCGGAGUGCGUCAGCUGAUGCGUCGCGUCACGUCAGGGAUACGGAAGACGGGGAUGGAUGGGAGCGUGUGUGUGUGUGUGUGUGGGGGGGGGGGUGACGGUCCCAGCUACGGCCAUUACCUCCCCGCCCCGCUCUCCUCCACACAGACGGCUCUUUCUCAACGCUGAUCAUGUGCCUCAGCCUCCGGCUUUCUCCGAGCUGCAGCGGCGGCAGCAGGAAGUUCACGUCCUCUUCGAGCCGGCUCUUAUUUUCUCCCUGCUCCUGACAGCAACACCGCCCCCCUCCACCACCACCACCACCACCACCCCUACCUCUUUUCACACUCUUCCUCUCCCGUCUCAUUGUCUCCGCCUCUGUCACACACAACAGGCUGCCCGGGUCCGGCGGCACCGUCUCGUCGCGGCAGAAGUGUGUAUGGUGCGGCGUGUGAGGGGGGCGUGGGGGGCAGGAAGGCAGGCAGGACCAGGGAGUUAGCAGCGAAUACCGGGACGGUCCCCUCCUUACACCCUCCUAGCACCCCGCCGCCCCGUUUUUUUUUGCUUCCUUCUCCCCCCCCCCCCAAGUCCGGCAGCGCUACGGUCAUGGAGGCCCCGGUUCGGGAGAGGGGACCGUCACCGGGGGACGGACGCCUGCUUCCCCCGACCCUCAGCCCGGCCGUGCCUACCUACGUCACGCUGGGGCUGACGGUGGUCUACACCGCCUUCUACUCGCUGCUGUUCGUCUUCGUCUACGUCCAGCUCUGGCUGGUGCUGCGCUACCGGCACAAGCGCCUGAGCUACCAGACGGUGUUCCUGUUCCUGUGCCUGCUGUGGUCGGCCCUGCGCACCGUGCUCUUCUCCUUCUACUUCAGGGACUUCGUGACGGCCAACACGCUGGCCCCCUUCCCCUUCUGGCUGCUCUACUGCUUCCCCGUCUGCCUGCAGUUCUUCACCCUCAGCCUGAUGAACCUCUACUUUGCACAGGUUGUUUUCAAGGCCAAAUCAAAGUAUGCACCAGAGCUUCAGAAAUACAGGCUGCCCCUGUACCUGUUCUUCCUGUUCAUCAGCCUGCUGUUCCUGGCAGUCAACUUGGUUUGUGCGCUGCUGGUGAGGAUGUCCAUCGCGGAGGCCCGGACCAUUGUUCUUGUGAGGGUCGCUAUCAACGACACGCUGUUCGUCCUGUGUGCCGUCUCGCUCUCCCUGUGCCUUUACAAGAUCGCCAAGAUGUCUCUGGCCAACAUUUACCUGGAAUCCAAGGGAACGUCAGUGUGCCAGGUGACGGCGAUAGGCGCCACCGUCGUCCUCUUGUACACAUCCAGGGCCUGCUAUAAUCUGGUGGUCCUGGCUCUCUCCAACAACAGAAUCAACUCCUUUGACUAUGACUGGUACAAUGUCUCCGACCAGGCAGACCUGCGGUCGACUCUGGGCGACGCCGGCUACAUAGUGUUUGGAGUGAUCCUAUUCGUGUGGGAGUUGCUCCCCACGUCUCUCGUGGUUUUCUUCUUCAGAGUGCGGCAGCCUACUCAAGACAUGAGUGGCUCGGGAAUUCCAGGUCACGUCUUCUCCUCAAGGGCCUAUUUCUUUGACAACCCACGGCGCUAUGACAGUGACGAUGACCUGGCAUGGAGCAUUAUCCCUCAGAAUAUCCAAGCCAGGCCAGUGUUGUAGUACUCGAGUCCAGGACUCGGACUCGAGUCCGACUCGAGUCCUGAUUUUCAGGACUCGUGACUUGACUUGGACUUGAGCACCGAUGACUCGGACUUGGACCCGAGCAUUGACUGCAUUCGGGCUCGGAAGUUGGAGAUGAGGACUCGGACUUGUUGAUAAAGACCGUUUGUUUGGCUAUUGUGUCACAAAGUAAAUAAACUCCCUUUGAAAUGGUGACAGCUGUGUCAUUUUGGUUUCAUGUAGACCUUUUUUAUUUGUAUGUCAGCUUUUUUUACGGUGCCAGAGUGGAGCACUGGAGCCCAUCUUGGAACUCAACUCAGACUCAACCUUGAUGACUCGGGACUCAGGUAAUGGGGACUUGGACUUUUCUCCGGUCACUCGGACUCGAACACCGGGGACUCCAGACUUGACUCGGACUCAAGGUUUAGUGACUCGACUACAACACUGUCUCAGGCGCACUAACGCCUUUUAUACUGGGCAGGACAUGCUGCCUUGGCCAUGAUGUGACCGCUCAGUGUUGUAUGAUGCCUGCUGGUGACACAUGAAUUUAUCCAACAGCUUUUCUUACAAGUUGCUAUGCGUAAAAACGUCUGUUAAAUGGGUAAAUGUGAAUGCAGAAAGUCAGGAGGAUCGAAUGCCGUUAAACCUGCCAUCAGAGGAAAGCACCUUCAAAUAAGGGAGAAUCACAGGACGGUAUUACG